AUGUAUUUUACAUUCGGAUGGCCCAAAACAUAUUUUAGCGAAGUUCAAGAACAGUUUAUAGAUGUACAACAUAGUUUUGAUUGCUCAUUGAUUGGGUUUAUUGGAAUAUCAACAUUAUCAUUAUGGUCAGGCGAUCAGCAUAGGGUUCAAUUAGGUUAUAUAUCAAGAUCCGACGAUUCAUUAAAUAAAUUUGGUAAAAAUCAAAAGUUAAUUUGGUCUCCAGAUUCAACUUCAAUAGCUAUAGUCGUAUGUAUUGUUUUUAAAAUUACAAUUAUAGAAAUCGAACAAGAGGGUAUCGACAUUUUAAAUUUUAAAUACUAUAAGGAUCAUCAUUCACCAACUCUACAAAAUGAUAAAAAGAAAUAUUCAAUAAAAUUCUCAUCAUCAUUUAGACCGUCAACUUUAGGCGCAUUAUGUAUAACAUCAAACAGCGAAUAUAUAUUUAUUUUUACAAAAGAGGGAUACUUAGUCAAGUCAUCAUGGACAGGUGAACUAAUAAGUCAAUUUUCAUUGGAUAUUGUUCCUUUUGAUGGACUCAAUGAUUCAUAUUCAAAUGUACCAAGCAGCUCCCCAUUAAUUGUUGCAAGUGUAUUUUAUAAUCCAGUAUUUUCAAUAUUUGGUUUGGUGUUUGAAAAUGGUUCAAGUGCAAUUUUAAAAAAGAAGUCGAAAGACAAGUUAAGAGGGUAUUGGUUAGCAAAGGAGAAUUCAGUUUCUAUUUCUUUAAAUUUAAAGCAUAGACUUGCUGCUGUUGGCAUGAAAAAUGGUGAGGUUUUAAUUUAUAAAUUACCAGGACCAGUUAUAAAGUCAAAAGUUAAUCAACAAUUUGAUUCACAGGAAUUAGAAAAAUCAAUGAAUUCAUGUCAGUAUGUAAGAACAUUUUCAUUAUUACAGUUUAGAGAGAUAACUCCGGAUGCAAUUGGACCAAUAUCAAGAAUGAGUUGGACUCAUGAUGAUAAUUGCCUGGCUGUUGGUUGGAAAAAUCGUGGCUUUUGCCUAUGGUCAGUUUAUGGGUGUAAAUUAACAUGUACAAUACCACAAAUGAAUGAUGUCACAUCUAAUUCUAGAUAUCUAGAACCAUGUAAAGAGGGUGUUUUGGCUUUUAGUUGGGGUCCAGAGUCAUAUCAUUUAGUAUUAUUAUCCAAUGGCAAUGAUUUGGGUGAAUUCUUCCAAUUUACAUUUUUAAAAGCCUCUUUAGCUUCAAAUCCAAGUUUAAAUUAUUCAGAGAGAAUUAUAUUGCAAACUGAAGACAGAUUAAUGCUUUUAAAUUAUAAAGGUAAAGAAUUGGGUGAUAUUCGUUGGAAACACUUACAGAUUCCAUCAGCUUAUUUAAAUGAUAAUUGGCCCAUUCGACAUAUAGCAUUAUCAAGAGAUAGAAACCAAUUCGCAGUUGCUGGUAAAAGAGGUAUAAUAUUGUACAAUUCCCUAAGCAAACGUUGGAAGAUGUUUGGCGAUAGAAAUCAAGAACAAAAUAUUGAAAGUCUUUGUUUAGCUUGGUAUAAAAAUGUUAUUAUUGUAGCAAAUUAUUCAGUUUUUCUAAAGAAGCACCAAUUCCUUUUCUUUCCAAAGCAGCAUUUAGAUAAUAGUUCUCUUUUAUAUACCCACCAGAUACCUCAAAACCAUCAACCACAGCUUAUUGAUUGCAACGAUGUUCAUUUAGCUUUGUUUACUAGCGAGUCAUUCUUUUAUUUAUUCCGAGUAUUGGAAAGAAAUCAAAAAAUUGAGUUACAUUUGGUUCAUACUUUAUCAAUGGCUGUACCUUCAAUACCUCUUUCAAUUUCUUUGUUACCACCCAUACAAAUAAAUUUAUCAUCAAAUCAAAGUCAAUUUAUAACUUCACCAAAUAAAUCAUCAUUAUUAUUGCAAUAUGAAAGACAACAGCAACCAAUAAUACAGCAAAAUCAAAGACAAUUAGCAUAUUGCUUAAUAUUAUAUUCAAAUGGUAGGUUAUGUUUAUCAAAUGCUGAAAAUGCUGUUCAAUGUGAAUUGGCAACAAACAUUGAACAAUAUUGGUUUACAAACAUCUAUAGAGAUAAUGAAUUAAUUGGAAAUACUUUAUGGGCUUAUGGUAAUUCUGGUAUUCAAGUCUGGUUCCCAUUCUCUUCCGAAGAAAUUUUAUCAAAUAAAAAUUUUAAUCACAAUCGAUCAUUAAAUUUUGAUAAUGAAGUUUAUCCAGUUGGCUUUUUAAAUGAAUUGGGUGUUAUUGUAGGUCUAAGUCAAGGUAUUUCCUAUUCAUUAUGUUCAGCAUAUCCAAAUUAUGAAAUUCAUAUCAAAACCCAUCCUUUCCUUCACUCAAUUUUAAAACAUUUAUUAGAAAGAGGAGGUGCUGAAAAAGCAUGGAGCCUAUCAAGUAAAUUUUACACAAUUCCUCAUUUCACUCAUUCAUUGGAAUUAUUAUUACACGAAUUUAUUUCAGAUACAGAUGAUUUAAAAAAGCAAUUCAAACAACAAAAGCACCAACAACUGCAACAAUUACCCGUACCAUACCCAAAUAACCCAAGUAGUAAAUUAGAAUAUGUUAUAAACUUUUUAAAAAAGUUCCCACAAUUUCCAGAGGUAGCCAUGAGAUGUACUAGAAAGAUUGAUUCAAGUUUUUGGAAGGGUUUGUUCUCAAUUAUUGGUGACCCAUUCAUACUUUACCAAAAAUGUUUAUCAAAUGGAAGAAUUGAAAUCGCCGCAUCUUAUUUAAAAAUUUUACAACAUCUUACUGGUGAUGAUACAAGUAGAAAGUGUGCAAUAGAUUUGUUAGAAAUUUCAUUAGACUUUGAUAAUAUAGAUUUAGCGGGUGAUUUAGUUAGGUUUUUACAUACAUCCGAUGAGGAUAAUGCGACUCCAUCUGAAGAUCAUCAACAGCAAUCCCAGUUUGAUAAUUCAUCAACUUACAAAUCAAAUAUUUCAAAGGAGUCCAAACAAUUUUAUCGUAAUUUAGAACAGAUUCUAUCAACCUACUCAGCAAAACUAUUAAAGAGUAAACUUUUAAGAAACUUUUUAUUAUUCUCUAGAAAAACGUUAUGUGAAGAUAUAUCGUCAUGGUUAAUUGCAAAAAAAAGAGCUACCGUUCUUAGAACUGUUGAAGAUUUAGAUAUGGCUUUAAAUUCAAUCCAUGUACAAUUUUAUAUAAACUUACCAAGUGAAUCUUUACCACCAUUUUCUCCACAAAGUAUAUUACAAGUAUUUUCAACUAUCACGCCAUCAACAUCAUCAUCAAAUAAUAAUUUAAAACACUCAUUAUCAAAUUCUUCAAUAAUAUCAGUAAAUAACGAAGAUCAUAAUGAAAUUGAAGAUAGUAAUAUAACAAAUAAAAUCGAAUCAGAGAGUAUUAUAAUAAAUAAUGAUACAAUACAAAAACUACAACAAAAUGAUGAUUCUCAUUUAACAUUAUCUCAAUCACCCCCAACAAUGGUUACAAAAGAUGAAAUGAUCGAGUCACUUAAAUCUAGAAUUCAACAGCAUGGCUCAGCUUCUAAAGAUGUUUUAAUGGGUAGUGAUCGUAAUGGUAGCACUGUUAGCGGCGUUUCGGGCGGUUCAAAUCUUCAAUACUCUUUUAGAUCGCAUCAAUUUAUGGUUGCACCAAGCACUGGUAGUGAAUAUAACGACCCAUACUUUUUAAAAGAGUCUAUAGAGUCAUCUAUGGAGGAUCUUUAUUAUUUGCUCCAAGAGUUAACAAAUGCAAAUUGUUAUGAAUGGGUAUUAGUUAUUGCCACUGUAUUAUUAAACCCAGUUUUAAUCUCCAAAACCCUAAAGAAAAUACCAGAUAUUUAUGAAAACUAUUGCAAAAUGCUUUCUCAUCAAAAAUCGAUAGGUUAUAAUCAAUUAUUAAAAUUUAUUCAAGAAUCAAUAUAUCCAUUAUUACAAAAAUCCUCAAAUAAUAAAUUAAAUAGUGACGAAAAAUAA